UGUGGAACUCUCCCAGAUGGGUCGGUCGUGCGACCCAUAAAUCAAGCAAGAAUAACAUUUGAAAAUUGAUUAAACGCAAAUUUGGAAAUUAAAAAUCGCACGUACAGGAAACACUAGAUGGCUGUGAAUCCUCAACUAUUCGAAAAUGGGAUGCCUGUCCCAUUUGUCAACGAAAUCUUUGUUCUUUCAAGAGAUGGCGUUGAGUUCGAGAUUGAUAAGAUCACAGGAAGUCAUGGAGGCGAUGUUAAAGCUAAGGGAACGAUCUAUCUGUCGAAUGUACGCAUGGUUUUUCUUGCAAAUAAACAUGUUGGAAACUUCAAUGCUUUUGAUAUGCCUUUGCUUUAUAUCCAUGGAGAAAAAUUCAGCCAGCCAAUAUUCUUCUGCAACAAUCUUUCCGGUCUUGUGGAACCAGUAGUCCCAGAAAACGAGAGCAGGGCUCUAUACUCCACUCACUCGUUUAAGAUUUUGUUCAAGGAAGGGGGCUGUGGAACCUUCAUUCCACUCUUUUUCAACUUGAUAUCUUCAGUAAGGCAACACAAUCGACUAUCUAUCUCUGGAAUGGAACCUCAAAUUAAUCCUUUGCAAGCAUCCCAAACUCCAGUUGAUGAAAUGAUGAGACAUGCAUAUGUCGAUCCUAAUGAUCCAACAAGAAUCUUUUUGCAGCAGCCUACUCCACAGUCCGAGUUGAGGAGGCGCACAUACCACUUGUCUCCAGCUGAACGCUCCAUAUGACUCUUUGCAUUUAUUUUACUAUGUAGCUAAAUACUAUUUUUAUAUUGUCACAUUGUGCAAAUUAAACAUGCAUAAAAUAAUGGAUUACUAUAACGUUAUGUGAUUAUAUUUUAUAAUAUAUAAAUGUGGGUCUAUGUGUGACCUUACCGAUUAAA